GGGAGGUAGGAGGAGGAGGAGAGGAAAUGGAGACAGUGCCAUUAUCCCAUUCAUAUAUUAGGCGAACUCGGUUGAGAUCGCGUAGUUUUAGAGAGGUGAGGCUAAAAUCGUAUAUUUUUGAUGGAGAUGGGAACUAUUAUAACAAGGAAUGGGAUAUCUCAGAGGGUGCAGGCAGGGAGUUUUGUUGGUACCAUGUGGAGCUUCCCAAGUUUAAUCAGAAGCUUUCACAAUCUGCACAGUACCUUAUUGAUGUGCUUUGUCCUCCAUUGAAGCUCCAGGACAUUCUAUCGCUUGUUAGCAAUGGACCCUAUUGUGGGAAUGUCGAUGGGGCUCUCGUGUUCAGGGUGAAUUCACCUGGACCUGGGUCGAGUAAAUUUACAUCUAGGAUUGCAGCGAGAGUUACUGAACAUUCAGUGAUAACGAUCUCGUUGGGGCGUGUUCCCAGAUUGGGAUUCUCUCCCAUGAACGAGUCGCUUCUCUCAGAGGUCCCGGUUGUGGAGAGUCCCAGUAAUCAUAGCUCAGAACAUAAGGAAAGAGGCGGGAUUGUGAUUAGGGAGCACGUUCUUGAGUUUCUACUGACAAUGAAUCACUCUGAGGAAGCAGAUAAUCCUGUACCCAAAUCAGUGUCGAAUCUUGUUGUUCACAUUAUCGACACACAUGUGGAUCAGCUCCAAGACAUCGUGACAAACCUCGAGAUAGAGUUGGAUUCGGUGGAAUUGGAAUUAGAUAGAGGCGGGAUUGCCAUAAAGAAACUAAUGUUAGAUGACAGAAGAUUUCCCAAAAUGCAUCUCGACUUGCAACGCCUUCUACAGGUGAUUUCAUAUGGAGAGCAAGUAUAUCCAAGAGUUAGGGAGAAGUGUUCUUCAAAAGUUUGGUUUGCCAGCGAAGACAUUGUCUCCCUGGAAGAGUUAAUUGGUCGACUGAGGAGACUGAAGGCGAACGUUGGGUUUAUAGCCAAUCGUGUUAACGCGGUUCAGACUGGUCUUGAUACCUGGCAAGCUGAGCAAAUAAACAAGAAACUUUACUACCUUUCCUUCUUAUCCAUCAUAUUUCUUCCUCUAUCAAUAGUAACUGGAGUGUUUGGGAUGAAUGUCGGGGGAGUUCCGUGGACAAACCAAACAGAACCGGCUCUGAAGGAUGGAUUCCGCAAUGUUAUGGUUCUCUCUGUUGUUAUGUUACUGUUAGUUCUCCUUUGCUUCCUUUUUCCAACUCUGUGUAACCAACUAAUCGCCUGGAGGAGACGACACGCCAUGAGAAGAAGUUGGUCGAUGAACCGGAGAUCUUUUGUUAGAAGAGGCACGGGAGGUACAGAGAGAACCGGGAGACCAGGCUACCUGCGCCUCUACUGAUAAUCGAACUCGUUAGCUCUUCACGAAAGUUGCUUCGAACAAAAACCGCCUUCUUGCAGAUGAUGACAGAAACGCUAAAAUCGCAACCGCAUUGCUGAAGCUGUCCUCUCCAACCUUGAUGAUUAGAACUUUAGAAGUUUCCACUUUUUGUAGAAAGACUAAAAGAAGGUACCAAGUUUUGAUAUUGGUACUGACUUCACCACUUCUUUCCUCAGUUGCUGGACAGUCCUUGUAACUUUUUACUGUAUUUUAACAUACUGUAUAGAUAGAUUUUUCUCUGUUUUUUUUUUAUUCUUUAAACCCAUCACCAGAAGAUAAUCUUGACAUCAAUUGUACCAUAUGUUACUUUGUGAAUUUAAUCUGUGCCACUUGAUUCAUGGCCUCCAUUUUCCUUGCUGUAUCUAUGUUUUUGUUGUCU